ACUUCUCUGGGUUGGAGGAGUGCACAUUAACUUUCCUCAUCACUCCUGCCAUUUUAUCUGGCUUUCAAAACUGGAACGCUGCGCUUCGCUAAUGCGUUCAUCCAUAUUACAUUCCAAAUUAGAUAUUUUAAUACUUUUGUUAAGCCAUUCUUAGGCUGAAGCUGAACUAAAGAAACAUUUCGGGAAACACCUGGAUAGCCUACUGCUUUGGUUUAUACAGCUUUAAUUUUUCCACUUGAGAUUUCUAUUCGGCUCUUUCGGGUCCAUUCCAAAGACUUUGAAUACUAUUUGUAGCCUAUAUCCUGUUUCGAAUAGACUAAAGCAGCUUUUACCACAAUAUUUUAUUUUUCUAUACCAAAAGUUUUCUUUUUAACCAAAUAGUACGACAAUGGCAGGUUUGAAUUCUUUGGAAGCUGUGAAGAGAAAGAUCCAGUGUUUGCAACAGCAAGCCGACGACGCAGAAGACCGGACCCAGGUUUUACAGCGAGAACUGGAUGGGGAACGAGAACUUCGGGAGAAAGCGGAGGGUGAUGUGGCGGGUCUGAACCGCAGGAUCCAGCUAGUGGAGGAGGAGUUGGACCGGGCCCAGGAGAGGCUGUCUACCGCGCUGCAGAAACUGGAGGAGGCAGAGAAGGCCGCAGAUGAGAGCGAGAGAGGAAUGAAGGUGAUAGAGAACAGAGCCUCAAAGGAUGAGGAGAAGAUGGAGAUCCAGGAGAUGCAGCUGAAGGAGGCCAAGCACAUCGCUGAGGAGGCCGACCGCAAAUACGAGGAGGUGGCCCGUAAGCUGGUGAUCUUGGAGGGAGAGCUGGAGAGAGCUGAGGAGAGGGCAGAGGUCUCAGAACUUAAAUGCAGUGACCUGGAGGAGGAGUUGAAAAAUGUGACCAACAACCUCAAGUCUCUAGAAGCCUCGUCUGAGAAGUACUCAGAAAAAGAGGACAAGUAUGAGGAGGAGAUCAAGGUUCUUAGUGACAAGCUGAAGGAGGCUGAGACUCGUGCAGAGUUUGCAGAGAGGACUGUGGCCAAACUGGAAAAGUCCAUCGACGACCUGGAAGAAAAAUUAGCAGGUGCCAAAGAAGAGAACUUGGGGAUGCAUCAAGUCCUGGACCAAACACUGCAAGAGCUCAACAGCUUAUAAAAAUGAUGAAGAAGAUGGAAAGAAUAAAAGUCUUGCAACAUUCCAUAAAUAUUCAAUUUCAUUCCACAUUUCCAGCUGUAAAGUCUUAUUCCCAGGGAAAGGGGAUUAACUUAAAUACUUGUACCCUUAAUAUUCUCUUCUCUUUUUAAGUCACAACUUUCUCUCUCUCUUUAAGAGAAAUGCAAUUCCAAAUCACCAGCUUCCUCGAAUCCCGUUUCUUAUGUUUACAGCAUUUUGUUUCAUGGAACUUUGAGAUUAUAGACCAGCAUUAAAAUAAAAUAUGACCAUAUUUACAAACAGUCUUAUAUUCAGGCCAAUUAGUAAAGAAUAGAAAAAACAACAAUUCAUAUCUGAAGUGUGCACUCCAAGAGCAUGUUUUUGAAAUAGGUCUUGUGACAUGGUCUUCAUUUUACAUAUGAUUCAUGAGCUCCACCUCGAGGUCUUAUGUGAACAGUUUACAGGAAUCAGCUUUACUGUCCAUGCACCCAUCGAUAUGGUCAUAUUUUAUACAUUCACAAUGUGUGUGACCAUAUUCACAGGUUGGACUGUGCCUUUUCAGAAUGAGCCAAUAUUCUACCUUUGGUGUGCUUGCGUGUGUUAACAUGGUCGUUGAGACUAAAGGACGACUCAAGGAAAGUAUGGUGAACAUGUCUGUGGUGCUACUUGUGGUGGUAAAAUACUAUGACCGACAGUCAGGUGGAGGGUUUGCCAAAGCCAAACUCUAAAUGUUUUUUGAUGUGAAAAGAGCCUCAUGCAAAUUCUUUAAAGAACUGCAUCCCAUCCUCUGACUUAACCUAUAAUCUGUAUGGUUUUAAAGUGCCACCAUAUGCUGACAUGAAACUUGAUAGCACCUCCUUUCCACUAUCCCAGCUCUACAUUUGACUGCCUGAGCCUUGGAUGUAAAAUCACAUUCCUGGUAUUAAAUGUGGUGGUAGCAUAUGCAGUAAACGUUAUGCCAAAUAAGCACCACUGGAGCCUCAAUCAAGGUAAUACAACAUGGAUACUUAUUGUAUAUAGUAGAAUAAUGUUAGUUAUUGAGGAGAUGUAUUGCUCCAGUUUUUCACCACUUUCCGGCAGGGGAACUCUCGAAACCAAAGAAUACACAUACCAGAGAAGAUGAACCCUCAAAUGUUUUUUUAUUGUUGUCUGUGAAGGUGAUCAUGGCUUCUCAUCCUUGGCCCGUGAAAAAAAGCUUCUCAUUUGACUUGAGUCUGUGUUGAAAUGUUUCAUUCACCUUUCCCUCUUUCAAUCUAAUAAAUUUUUACAAAACAAAGUAA